UCAUCCCUCACAUUCCGAAACGAGUCAAAGUUCGUCAAGUUUUGACAGUGUUAUAAGUUGAUAGAAGCAUUUUAGCUGAAAAAAAGUAAAAUUUUCAUCCGGUCAUCCAGUUUCCAGAUAAUCUACUGUGAAUUACGAGCAGAGAUAAAAUUCCGAAUCCAAUAUAAUGGAAGAAUCACCUGAGUCUUGUGGAAUUGAUGAUUCCUCUGAUGAAAAAUCAUCGCCUCGACACUCAAGAGAACCGCUUACUUCUUUAGAGCCACCACCAGAUUUUACUACAGAUUUGGAUUCUUUGCAGCAAACACAAGAUGUCGAGGAAAAUCAAGAGAAGCAUCUUCCUGAAUCUGUCAAUGUUACAAUAACUAAUAUCGAAUCGCGUAAGCUCAUGAAAACCGAUAAUUCUUCCGAGUCAGAUGAAAAAUCACCAACUCGACACUCAAGAGAAAUGCUUAUUUCUUUAGAGACACAGCAAGCUCUUACUGCAAAUCUUGAAGAUAUUUUGGAUAUCAUGCAGAAACAAAAUAUGGGGACAAAGCAAGAGAAGCAACCUUCCAAAUACAUAUCAAUAUUCUCCGACGAUCUAUCCUUUACUCCGGAAGAGUGUUCGAAUGACUCUACGGACAAUUCUUCGCAGUCCGAUGAAGACUCACAAUCUCGAAUCUCGAAAAGAAUGGCUACAUCUUUGGAAACACCGCAAACUUCUACGUCGAAUUCACAAAAUUUAGAUACAUUGCAACAGGAACAAAAAACUAAAAAAGAGCACGAGAAAUUCUCCGACGAUCUAUCCUUUACUCCGGAAGAGUGUUCGAAUGACUCUACGGACAAUUCUUCGCAGUCCGAUGAAGACUCACAAUCUCGAAUCUCGAAAAGAAUGGCUACAUCUUUGGAAACACCGCAAACUUCUACGUCGAAUUCACAAAAUUUAGCUACAUUGCAACAGGAGCAAGAAACUAAAAAAGAGCACGAGAAAUUCUCCGACGAUCUAUCCUUUACUCCGGAGGAGUGUUCGAAUGACUCUACGGACAAUUCUUCGCAGUCCGAUGAAGACUCACAAUCUCGAAUCUCGAAAAGAAUGGCUACAUCUUUGGAAACACCGCAAACUUCUACGUCGAAUUCACAAAAUUUAGCUACAUUGCAACAGGAGCAAGAAACUAAAAAAGAGCACGAGAAAUUCUCCGACGAUCUAUCUUUUACUCCGGAGGAGUGUUCGAAUGACUCUACGGACAACUCUUCGCAGUCCGAUGAAGACUCACAAUCUCGAAUCUCGAAAAAAAUGGCUACAUCUUUGGAAACACCGCAAACUUCUACGUCGAAUUCACAAAAUUUAGCUACAUUGCAACAGGAGCAAGAAACUAAAAAAGAACACGAGAAAUUCUCCGACGAUCUAUCCUUUACUCCGGAAGAGUGUUCGAAUGACUCUACGGACAAUUAUUCGCAGUCCGAUGAAGACUCACAAUCUCGAAUCUCGAAAAGAAUGGCUACAUCUUUGGAAACACCGCAAACUUCUACGUCGAAUUCACAAAAUUUAGCUACAUUGCAACAGGAGCAAGAAACUAAAAAAGAACACGAGAAAUUCUCCGACGAUCUAUCCUUUACUCCGGAAGAGUGUUCGAAUGACUCUACGGACAAUUCUUCGCAGUCCGAUGAAGACUCACAAUCUCGAAUCUCGAAAAGAAUGGCUACAUCUUUGGAAACACCGCAAACUUCUACGUCGAAUUCACAAAAUUUAGCUACAUUGCAACAGGAGCAAGAAACUAAAAAAGAGCACGAGAAAUUCUCCGACGAUCUAUCCUUUACUCCGGAAGAGUGUUCGAAUGACUCUACGGACAAUUCUUCGCAGUCCGAUGAAGACUCACAAUCUCGAAUCUCGAAAAGAAUGGCUACAUCUUUGGAAACACCGCAAACUUCUACGUCGAAUUCACAAAAUUUAGCUACAUUGCAACAGGAGCAAGAAACUAAAAAAGAACACGAGAAAUUCUCCGACGAUCUAUCCUUUACUCCGGAAGAGUGUUCGAAUGACUCUACGGACAAUUCUUCGCAGUCCGAUGAAGACUCACAAUCUCGAAUCUCGAAAAGAAUGGCUACAUCUUUGGAAACACCGCAAACUUCUACGUCGAAUUCACAAAAUUUAGCUACAUUGCAACAGGAGCAAGAAACUAAAAAAGAGCACGAGAAAUUCUCCGACGAUCUAUCCUUUACUCCGGAAGAGUGUUCGAAUGACUCUACGGACAAUUCUUCGCAGUCCGAUGAAGACUCACAAUCUCGAAUCUCGAAAAGAAUGGCUACAUCUUUGGAAACACCGCAAACUUCUACGUCGAAUUCACAAAAUUUAGCUACAUUGCAACAGGAGCAAGAAACUAAAAAAGAACACGAGAAAUUCUCCGACGAUCUAUCCUUUACUCCGGAGGAGUGUUCGAAUGACUCUACGGACAAUUCUUCGCAGUCCGAUGAAGACUCACAAUCUCGAAUCUCGAAAAGAAUGGCUACAUCUUUGGAAACACCGCUAACUUCUACGUCGAAUUCACAAAAUUUAGAUAAAUUGCAACAGGAGCAAGAAUCUAAAAAAGAGCACGAGAAGCAACCUUCCAAAACGGAUAUUACGGCAGAGCCUUCGAAAACAGAAGUUUCUUCGAAGUCUGAUGUGGAAUCACAAAUUGAAAUCUUGAAAAGAAUGACUAUAUCUUCGCAAACACCGCAAGAUUCUACGUCAGAAUCACAAAAUUUAAAUAUUCCUAAUUUUGGAUAUACAUCCACGUCCGAUAAAAAAUUACCGCCACGGCACACAUCCUAUAAAUCUAUUUUGGAGUUAACACCACAAUCUAUUCAAUCUUCUAAAGAUUUGAAAAAUUUUGCAUUGCAAAUUUUAUGUGACAUGCAGACAAAUUCUGAAAGAUUCUCCGACGAUCUAUCCUUUACUCCGGAGGAAUCUUCGAAUGAGCCUACGAAUGAUUCUUUCAAGUCCGAUGAAGACUCACAAUCUCGAAUCUCGAAAAGAAUGGCUAUAUCUUCAAAAACACCGCAAGCGUCUACGUCGGAUUCACAAAAUUUGGAUACAUUGCAACAGGAACAAGAUACUGAAAAAAUUCACGAAAAAUUCUCCUACGAUCUAUCUUUUACUCCGGAAGAGUGUUCGAAUAACUCUACGGACAAUUCUUUGCAGUCCGAUGAAGACUUACAAUCUCGAAUCUGGAAAAGAAUGGCUACAUCUUUGCAAACACCGCAAACUUCUACGUCGAAUUCACAAAAUUUAGCUACAUUGCAACAGGAGCAAGAAACUAAAAAAGAGCACGAGAAGCAACCUUCCAAAACGGAUAUUACGGCAGAGCCUUCGAAAACAGAAGUUUCUUCGAAGUCUGAUGUGGAAUCACAAAUUGAAAUCUUGAAAAGAAUGACUAUAUCUUCGCAAACACCGCAAGAUUCUACGUCAGAAUCACAAAAUUUAAAUAUUCCUAAUUUUGGAUAUACAUCCACGUCCGAUAAAAAAUUACCGCCACGGCACACAUCCUAUAAAUCUAUUUUGGAGUUAACACCACAAUCUAUUCAAUUUUCUAAAAAUUUGAAAAAUUUUGCAUUGCAAAUUUUAUGUGACAUGCAGACAAAUUCUGAAAGAUUCUCCGACGAUCUAUCCUUUACUCCGGAGGAAUCUUCGAAUGAGCCUACGAAUGAUUCUUUCAAGUCCGAUGAAGACUCACAAUCUCGAAUCUCGAAAAGAAUGGCUAUAUCUUCAAAAACACCGCAAGCGUCUACGUCGGAUUCACAAAAUUUGGAUACAUUGCAACAGGAACAAGAUACUGAAAAAAUUCACGAAAAAUUCUCCUACGAUCUAUCUUUUACUCCGGAAGAGUGUUCGAAUAACUCUACGGACAAUUCUUUGCAGUCCGAUGAAGACUUACAAUCUCGAAUCUGGAAAAGAAUGGCUACAUCUUUGGAAACACCGCAAACUUCUACGUCGAAUUCACAAAAUUUAGCUACAUUGCAACAGGAGCAAGAAACUAAAAAAGAGCACGAGAAAUUCUUCGACGAUCUAUCUUUUACUCCGGAGGAGUGUUCGAAUGACUCUACGGACAACUCUUCGCAGUCCGAUGAAGACUUACAAUCUCGAAUCUCGAAAAAAAUGGCUACAUCUUUGGAAACACCGCAAACUUCUACGUCGAAUUCACAAAAUUUAGCUACAUUGCAACAGGAGCAAGAAACUAAAAAAGAACACGAGAAAUUCUUCGACGAUCUAUCUUUUACUCCGGAGGAGUGUUCGAAUGACUCUACGGACAAUUCUUCGCAGUCUGAUGAAGACUCACAAUCUCGAAUCUCGAAAAGAAUGGUUACAUCUUCGGAAACACCGCAAGCUUCUACGUCGAAUUUACAAAAUUUAGCUACAUUGCAACAGGAGCAAGAAACUAAAAAAGAACACGAAAAGCAACUUUCCAAAACUGAUAUUACGGCAGAGCUUUCGAAAACAGAAGUUUCUUCGAAGUCUGAUGUGGAAUCACAAAUUGAAAUCUUGAAAAGAAUGAUUAUAUCUUCGGAAACACCGCAAGAUUCUACGUCAGAAUCACAAAAUUUGGAUAUUUCUAAUUUUGUAUAUACAUCCACGUCCGAUAAAAAAUCACCGCUCCAACACACACCCAAUAAAUCUAUUUUGGAGUUAACACCACAAUCUAUUAAAAAUCCUGAGGAUUUGGAAAACUUAUGGGAGAUUAUAUAUAAAUUGCGGAGAAAUUGUGAAAGAUUCGCCAAUGUUGUAUCUUUUAUGCAGAAGUCGAAUUCACAAAAUUUAGCUACAUUGCAACAGGAGCAAGAAACUAAAAAAGAGCACGAGAAAUAUCUGUAUUUUUUUCUCAGGCAACCUUCCAAAACCGAUAUUACGGCAGAGCCUUCGAAAACAGAAGUUUCUUCGAAGUCUGAUGUGGAAUCACAAAUUGAAAUCUUGAAAAGAAUGACUAUAUCUUCGCAAACAUUGCAAGCUUCUACGUCAGAAUCACAAAAUUUGGAUAUUCCUAAUUUUGGAUAUACAUCCACGUCCAAUGAAAAAUUACCGCCACGGCACACACCCAAUAAAUCUAUUUUGGAGUCAACACCACAAUUUAUUCAACUUCCUCAGGGUUUGAGAAAUUAUGCAUUGCAGAUUUUAUAUGAUAUGCGGACAAAUUCUGAAAGAUGUGACAAACUAUGCAAAUCCCUUAUGCGGAAGGAAGUUUUGAAUAAACCUACAGAUAAUUCUUCAAAGUCCGGUAAAGACUCACAAGUUCGAAUCUCGAAGAGAAUGGCUACAUUUUCGGAAACACCGCAAGCUUCUACGUUUGAUUCACAAAAUUUGGAUACAUUGCAACAGGAACAAGAAACUAAAAUAGAGCACGAGAAACAAUCUUCCAAAGCCGAUAUCAUGGCAGACCCUUCGAAAACAGAAGAUUUUUCGACGUCUGAUGAGGAAUCACAGACUGGAAUCUCGAAAAGAAUGGCUACAUCUUCGGAAACACUGGACACUCUUACAGAGGAAAAUUUGGAUAAAUUGCACCAGGAUCAAGAUACUGAAACAGAUCAUGAGAAGCAAUCUUCUAAAUACGAUAUUAUGGCAGAGUCUUUGAAGACAGAAGAUUCUGCGAAGUCUGAUGAGGAAACAUUGCAAGCUUUUACGUCGGAUUUACAAAAUUUGGAUACAUUGCAACAGGAACAAGAAACUAAAAAAGAGCACGAAAAGCAACCUUCCAAAACCGAUAUUACGGCAGAAUUUUCGAAAACAGAAGUUUCUUCGAAGUCUAAUGAGGGAUCACAGAUUGAAAUCUCGAAAAGAAUGGCUACAGCUUCGGAAACAUCGCAAGCUUCUGCGUCGGAUUCACAAAAUUUGGAUACUCUUAAUUUUGGAUAUUCCUCCACUUCCGAUGAAAAAUCACCGCCUCGACGCACACCGAGUAGAACUAUUUUCGAGUUAGCAUCACAACCUACCAUUUUUAGUCUUCGGAAGUUGGAAUGCUUACGGCCAUUCAUACCUAACAUCGAGACACCUUAUGAAAGAUUCUCCGACGAUGUAUCCGAUAUUCAGAAGGAGACUUUGAAUGAGCCUACGAAUGAUUUUUCGAAGUCCGAUGAAGACUCACAAUCUCGAAUCUCGAAAAGAAUGGCUACAUCUUCGGAAACACCGCAAGCUUCUACGUCGAAUUCACAAAAUUUAGUUACAUUGCAACAGGAGCAAGAAACUAAAAAAGAGCACGAGAAGCAACUUUCCAAAUCCGAUAUUAUGGCAGAGCCUUCGAAAACAGAAGUUUCUUCGAAGUCCGAUAAAGGCUCACAAUCUCGAAUCUUAGAAAGAAAGAUAGGUACAUAUUUGAAAACACCGCAAGCUUCUCCGUCGUAUUUACAAGAUUGUAUAAAUUGGGAUAAAUUACGGCCGGAACAAGAACAGAUAGAGAGAUUAAUGAGUUUAAUGCAACAAUCACGAGAUUUAUUUAUUAAAAUGCUAGAACAUGAGUUUAUACAGGAAAAGAAAACCAUAAAAAAAGAAUUAGUCGCAACAUUAUUAAUGAGACAACCGUCCAAAAUCGAUGUUAUGGCAGUACCGAAAAAUGAGCCUAUGGUUGAUUCUUCGAAAUCCGAUGAAGAUUCACAAUCUCGAAUCUCGAAAAGAAUGGCUACAUCUUCAAAAACACCGCAAGCGUCUACGUCGGAUUCACAAAAUUUGGAUACAUUGCAACAGGAACAAGAUACUGAAAAAGUUCACGAAAAACAAUCUUUCAAAACUGAUGUUAUGGCAGAACUUUCAAAAACAGAAGAUUCUUCGAAAUCUGAUGAGGAAUCACAGACUGAAAUCUCGAAAAGAAUAACGAUAUCUUCGGAAACACAGCAAGCUUCUACAGAGGAUUCACAAGAUUUGGGUACAUUGCAACAGGAACAAGAAACUAAAACAGAUCACGAGAAGCAAGCUUCCAAAUUCGAUAUUACGGCAGAGCCUUUGAAAACAGAAGUUUCUUCGAUGUCUAAUGAGGAAUCACAGAUUAAAAUCUCGAAAAGAAUGGCUACAACUUCGGAAACAUCGCAAGCUUCUACGUCAGAUUCACAAAAUUUAGAUAUUGCUAGUUUUGGAUAUUCGUUCACUUCCGAUGAAAAAUUACCGUCUCGGCGCACACCGAGUAAAUCUAUUUUGGAAUCCUCUAACGAUCUAUCGUUUAUUCCGGAGGAGUUUUCGAAUGAGCCUACGGGUGCUUUUUCCAAGUCCGAUGAGGACUCACAAUCUCGAAUCUCGAAAAGAAUGGCUACAUCUUCGGAAACACUGCAAGUUUCUACGUCGGCUUCACAAAAUUUGGAUAUAUUGCAACAGGAACGAAAAGCUAUAAAAGUGCACGACAAAUUCAUCGAUUACUGGUAUAUUUCCGAUAGUCAGAAGAAUAAGCUUAUAAAUGAUUCUUUAAAGUCCGACUCACAAUCUCAAAUCUCGAAAAGAAUGGCUACAUCUUCAGAAACAUCGCAAGCUUCUACGCACGAGAAACAACCUUCCACAUCUGAAAUUUCGACAGAGUCUUCCCUGUUGAUUACUGAUGCAACUAAAUCCGAUGACAAAUCAUCGCCUCGACACUCAAGUAAAGCAUCUACUUCUUUUGAGACACCACAAGCUUCUACUUCGGGGACUCAACAUUUGUGUUCCCUUCAACAGGAACAAGAGAAAGAUCAUAAUGAACAAGUUACUAAAUCCAAUAUCAUGGCAGAAUCUUCAGCAAUCGAUAAUCCUUCCAAUGAGCAAUCAUUCCCUCAGCGAAAUUGGACGCCAAAACAACGUAUUUAUCCGGAUAUGGAAUCUUUGCAGCAUUCUCAGUCUUCGAGAGCUCGCAUGUCAAAAAUUAUAUGUUGUUGUUUGUGCUGGCAUCCAUAUCAGAAUGAUCAGCGCAAUAACAUAACGAAUCUUUCGUCUUCCGCUAAUUUAAAGAUACAAAUUCUCGAUCAUCAUCAAGUUUUAGACGUCUUGACGGAUUAUCUUCAACAAGAAUCACCUCUUUUAAAAGUCGUGGCUCUUAUUCGUGAUACUAAUAUCGAAAAAUCAUACACAGUGGACAUUAUAAAGAAAAAGCUUCGUAGAAGAGAUAACGAUUUCUCAUCACUGUAUCCGAACUUUGUUGUCUUAGAGAAUUUGAGAGCAGAGAAUUCGAUAGUUGUAAUAGACUAUGUGAAAACUUUUCAACAACUAUACAGAGAUCGGCAGAUUACUUUAUUGGCAGUUUUUAAAGUUGAGCUGAGUGAUGACGCUUCCAUUCGUAGUACAGAACUAAACGGAAUUAUAAAUACAACAGGAGGAUUAUUAGUAUUCUAA